AAAGUCAGUGCAAAGUAGUAAAGCAGUGAGAGAGAGAGAGAGGAAGAUCAAACAAUGGAGGUUCAGCAAGCUCAUGAUCCAAAAGGAGAGAAUCGGCGUUCGGUUCUUCCAGGACCUACCAAUCCAAUGGUGACUCCUCUUCUUUCCGAUCUCUACCAGUUCACUAUGGCAUAUGCUUACUGGAAAGCCGGCAAGCAUAAGGACAGAGCUGUGUUUGACUUAUAUUUUCGGAAGAAUCCAUUUGGCGGUGAAUACACAGUUUUUGCUGGUCUAGAAGAGUGUAUACGGUUCAUUGCUAACUUUAAAUUUACGGAGGAGGAGGUUGCUUUUGUUCGUGAGUCUUUGCCAAGCACAUGUGAGGAUGGAUUCUAUGAUUACCUUAGGGGAAUUGAUUGUUCAGAUGUGGAAGUAUAUUCUGUGCCGGAGGGCUCGGUUGUUUUCCCAAAGGUGCCUCUCAUGAGAGUUGAAGGAGCCAUUGCUGUGGUUCAACUACUGGAAACUCCAUUUCUGAAUCUGGUGAAUUAUGCAUCGCUUGUCUCAACUAAUGCUGCGAGACAUCGAUUUGUUGCUGGGAAAUCCAAAAUCCUGCUUGAAUUUGGAUUACGUCGGGCUCAGGGUCCUGAUGGGGCAUUAAGUGCCUCAAAAUAUAGCUAUAUUGGAGGAUUUGAUGCAACAAGCAAUGUUGAGGCUGGAAGGUUAUUUGGGAUACCUAUCGGUGGAACCCAUUCCCAUGCUUUUGUCAGCUCAUUCAUGAGUCUUGAUGAGAUAACGGGGAGAUCACUUCAGAGCUUUGAUGGUUCCUGCAUUUGUGAAGAUUUUGUGGGUUUGGUGCAGAAAUGGUUAAACACACUAAAGAAUUCAAAGUCGCUAAGUGCGAGUUUUGGAGAGACAAACCAGAGUGAAUUGGCAGCUUUCAUAUCAUAUGCCCUUGCAUUUCCCAGCAACUUUCUGGCACUUGUGGAUACGUAUGAUGUCAUAAGAAGUGGAAUUCCCAACUUUUGUGCUGUUGCUCUUGCACUUGGUGAUUUGGGGUAUGAAGUUAAGGGCAUUAGAUUAGAUUCUGGUGACCUGGCUUAUUUGUCAAUGGAGGCCCGCAAGUACUUCAAUGCUAUUGAGAAAGAAUUUGAAAGGGCAACCUUUGGUAAAAUGAAUAUCACUGCUAGCAAUGACCUUAAUGAGGAAACUUUAGAUGCCCUAAACAAGCAGGGUCAUGAACUUGAUGCAUUUGGGAUUGGAACUUACCUCGUAACUUGUUAUGCUCAAGCUGCGUUAGGCUGUGUCUUCAAGUUGGUGGAAAUAAACAAUCAGCCUCGUAUCAAGCUUUCUGAAGAUGUUACAAAGGUCUCUAUUCCAUGUAAAAAGAGAUGUUACAGAUUGUAUGGAAAAGAAGGCUACCCUCUUGUAGAUAUAAUGACUGGAGAAAAUGAACCACCUCCAAAGGUAGGCGAGAGGAUACUAUGUCGUAAUCCCUUUAUCGAAUCGAAAAGGGCAUUUGUUGUGCCACAGCAGGUUGAGGAACUCCUCAAGUGUUAUUGGCCUGGAAGCCUCGGUCAACCGAGAGAAGAAUUGCCAACUCUCAAGGAAAUUAGGGGUCGAUGUAUCAAACAGCUAGAAAUAAUGCGACCCGAUCACAUGCGAAGAUUGAAUCCAACGCCCUAUAAGGUUAGUGUUAGCACAGAAUUAUACGAGUUUAUUCACUUCUUAUGGCUCAGCGAGGCACCUGUUGGUGAGUUGCAGUGACCAAAUAAAUAUCCUUUGAACUCCUCCGUUGCAGCGCUUGCUACAGUUUGAGGUACUUUUCAAAUAAUAUCAAAUAAGAACUGUUGCUAAAUAUCAAAUAAUCUUUUAGUUUUAUUUGUCACAACUGGAUAUUGUGCAAUUUUAGUUUCACAUGAAGCUCUCAGUCAUAAGAACUUUUUUUUUUCUGGCUAUGAGUUUCCUCUCUAGUUUAUGAAAUCAUAUUUGAAAAUUGAUUGCAUUUAGUUAGAUUAGGAGUUAUAAGUCUAUCCUUGGUUUUACAACCAUGGUUUAUUCUCUAU